AUGUCGGACGAAGCAGAAUUACAGUUCCUUCUCUCGUACUUCCUUGCACUCUCUUCUUCAAUGGCGAACCCGACUCUUAGCUAUAGACAUGCCUACACGUUCUUCACCCGCUCUGAUACUGAAGAUGUUGAUCCAAGCGUGUUGCAAUUGUUUAUCUCCGAAAACGUCACCAGCCAGUACUUCUUCGUGGCCCAGUUGACUGUCCUGGUCUACUACGCUAGUUCGUACGAUAAGAUCUUGAACUAG